AUGAACGAUAGUCUAUCGUCAAACCAACUUCGACUUGAAGUACUCCCCGAUGAACUUUUCUUGGAAAUUUUCCAAUAUGUCAAUCCUAUCGAUCUAUGCAAUUUGAAAGGUCUCAACCGACGAAUCGAUGGUAUUAUCGACGCUGUCCGAAUGAAUAUUACUGUUCAAUGGAAAGAGGACCAAAUGCAUGGUAAAUGGCCGUCAUUAUUAUAUUUGCAUACACUGACAGAACUACGCUCGCUUACACUUAACUGUAGAUGUUUCUUGAAGGAACAGAGAGACCAGAUUGUCAAUGUCCGUCUGCCUCAUCUCGAACGGCUCUGUGUUGUCAACGUAACGCACGAUUUGCACGAGUCGUUACUUGAUACUCUCUUCCGAGGUGAACACUUUCCAUCACUCACGACUUGUCGUCUCGAGUUUGAAUAUCCGUAUGAUUUGGAACUUAAUGAAUAUCGAUCAUCGUUAACAAACAACGCGAUUCGUUGUCUUUGCGUGGACCAAUGGAGUUUGUUUAAUCUUGGUGCUCUAUGGAAUCAGCUACCUAAUCUACGUAGAUUCGAAACGAGCUUCGAAGAAACGUAUGACCCUAAGGUCUGGUCAGCUAAGCCUCAUUUAUCGAUCAAACAUUUACGAGUUACAGUCAAUAGUCCUUCACAUGAUUUGGAAAAAUUACUCAAAUUAACACCUAAUCUUGCUCGAUUGCGCAUUCGAGGAGGCCUUGGAAGAAGUUCUGUAGUUAACUAUUUUGAAAAACUGGCCGAACUCCUGCCCACUCUUGUUCCUCAUUUGCAGCAAUUUGAUUGCGAACUUUACUGCUAUUCAAUCGACACUCAUGAAAACGAGUUCAAUAUUCAAAAACUUAACACACUUUUCAAGGAAAUCCGAUGCCUUUCUGGACUAGGUCACAAUCGAUGCUACGCUACCGAUAUAAAAAUCUAUCCGUUCAACAAUGAGUAUGAAGAAUCGUCGCCACGUCUCUUGGUUCCAUCGACAACCACAACAUUUCACCGCUACUACGAUGAAUACAAUGGGUACCAUGAUUAUGAUGAUUAUCAUCAAGAUGAAGACGACGACGAAUAUGAAGCGUGGAAAAGAAAUGAGUACGGAAAUGGACCAAAUAUGUACUGGGAUGCUGAAUCAGACGAAUGGUGUUCACUGCCAUGA